ACUCAGAUCCGGGUGGAACUGCAGGGUUCAGACCUGUGGAGCCGAUUCCACGAGAUUGGAACUGAAAUGAUUAUCACCAAAGCGGGGAGGAGGAUGUUUCCAUCAGUGCGGGUGAAAGUAAGAAAUCUGGACCCGUUUAAACAAUACUACAUCGCCAUGGACAUCAUGCUGGUGGAUUCAAAGAGAUACAGGUAUGUGUACCACAGUUCUCAGUGGAUGGUGGCAGGAAACACGGAUCAGUCCUGUAUCAGACCGCGCUUGUACAUCCACCCGGACUCACCGUGUUCAGGAGAAACCUGGAUGCGCCAAGUGAUCAACUUCGACCGGGUCAAACUAACCAACAACGAGAUGGAUGAUAAAGGACAUAUCAUCCUGCAGUCUAUGCACAAAUACAAGCCGCGCGUUCACGUGGUGGUGCACGAUCCCCGACAGGACGUGUCCCAAAUCAGUGCGCUUCCCUCUGAAGGAGUCCAAACGUUCUCAUUUCCUGAGACCCAGUUCACCACUGUAACAGCCUACCAGAACCAACAGAUAACAAAACUGAAAAUUGACCGAAACCCCUUCGCCAAAGGAUUUAGAGACCCUGGAAGAAACAGGGGUGUACUGGAUGGAAUUCUGGAGUCAUACCCCUGGCGAAGUCCAUUCAACCUUGAUUUUAAACCUUUUUCUUUGGAGCUGCAAGAAAGCUGUGGAACCAUUUCACCCUUGAAAAACCUUCUUCCACCUUCUGGUUCCUCGUUUCACCAUCCUUUAUCUCUGUCCAACCAUGAAACGACUCUCCACAACCUCACUGUCCCCGUGUGCUACAAACUGAACCACUCUAACCAUCCUCUCACAAACCGAACCUUCUCCAGCAUCAUACCGGACAGACUCAGAACUUACUCAGGGUUACGACAUCUGGCGGACUUUUCCCUCUUGUCUCCCCUGCAUGGCAAAAAAACAGGAGGGUGUCGGGGUCCGUGCCUGCACAGUCACUGCCCGCUGUCCAUCCAGAACCUGCAGGCUGGGCGAGCAUCUGGAACUCCUCAAAAUACUGCAAUAUCAUCUUUAAUGCAACCUUAUGGACUGUACAGCUACAGCCUACCAAUUAGCCCGUCGAAACCAGUCAACAGUGCGAGCUUGGCAUCAUCUGAAAGUCUUUUGUGCCACACAGCCUGGCACUCAGCUGCCAAUCACUGGCUCUGA